AUGAUAGACAUUAUACAAGCAAAGCUAAAUACAGUCUGUAUAGUUUUUUUUGAUUGAGAUAUAUACUUAUCGAUAGUUCACGGAGGAUAACAUAACCCGCCGAACCGAUUACUGUCUUGUCAUUCCGAUUCGUUUGUUUUUAUUUGUUUUCCCAUAACUCCUAUAUCCGAACCAGAAUAUCUGGCCUUAAUAAACUACCAAUUUUGUUAUCUUGACAACAUCAAGUAAAAUUCAAUAAUACAUCGUUACACAUACUACAUAACAACAGUAUCAUCAUGGCAUCUAGACAAUCACAAAAGAGAUUGUCAAAAGAAUAUAAAUCUAUACAAGCAACGCCACCACCAUAUAUCACCGCUAAACCAAAUGAUGAAAAUAUAUUAGAAUGGCAUUAUAUUAUAACGGGUCCACCUAAUACACCAUUUGAAAAUGGUCAAUAUCAUGGAAUGUUAAGAUUUCCAACCGAAUACCCUUUCAAACCGCCUUCAAUUUCAAUUAUUACUCCUAAUGGGAGAUUUGCAUGUAAUACGAGGUUAUGUCUUUCUAUGAGUGAUUAUCAUCCUGAUACUUGGAAUCCAGCAUGGAGUGUCGCUACUAUUUUAACUGGAUUAUUAAGUUUUAUGACUGGUGAUGAAGCGACCACUGGAUCUAUAACUACUAGUGAAAAUGUAAAAAAGAAAUUAGCUAGAGACAGUAGAAAAUGGAAUGUAUUAGAAAAUCAAAGAUUCAUGAAACAAUUCCCAGAUUUAGUAGAAGUCAACAGAGCUUAUUUAAAGAAACAACAAGAAGAAGAUCAGCUUUUAAUUGUCAAUGGUUCAAAUGCAUCUAAAACUGUAAUACAAGAAGAUGAAAAGCCAAUUAAUAUUCAAGAAAGUAUUGAUCAAAUGGAUCCUGAAGAUAGGGCCAGAUUAUUAUUAGUGGAAGAACAUAAAAAUAAAUAUGUAAAUGAUGCAACAGGAUUUGGUAAUGGAGCAGUUGCUAAUGGUGUACAAAGCAAUUUUGGUAUUACCAUUGUAGGAGUUGUUAUCGCUGCAUUCUUAGCUGCAUAUUUCAGCCUUGCUAGAAGAGGUUGAAUGUUAUCAAGAUUUAUGAAUUAUUUUAAUUUUUUUAUUGUAUUUGUCAUAUAAGUGUUUGGUUAUUGUAUGUCUAUAUAUGAGCCUAUCAUGUAUUCUAAUUUUAUAUAUAGGGCUAUUUUAUUUAUUACUCUGGGAUAUUCUUUAUUUAUCAAUAACGUCAAUGCACACUAUAAAACGAAAACAUAGUUUACAUAAUAU